AUGAUUGGCAUAAAAGAAGACAAAAAUGACAGAUGGCGCAUAACUUGCAAUUACACAAGCAUUAAUUGGAAUGUUGGGGAUCGUCUUGAGGCAACGCAUAAAAACAUUGAAUUACUGGAUGAAAAAAAUUCAACGUAUCGUGGGGAAUGUGUUCUCGUGGAAUAUGUUGAAAUUCGUGGAGCUUCGUGCAGCCGUUGCAACAUCAACAUUUAUCAUUUCGGAAACAAUAUUCUUCAUACUGAUUCAUAUUAUACUUCUUGUGGUCGGACUUGGAACGGAAUUCCAUGUCAUAAUGGAUAUGGUGAGGACAAUUUUGGUUAUUACGAUUGCGUAAAUCCUAAACACGAUUGUACAUCGUCAAACAAAGCCACCACACAAUUGUGGUUUGGCAAUGAAUGA